AUGAGGCUUGCAUAUUGCUCGGAUAUUAUAAGUCAGUCAUUGAUUGAAGUUGCUAAGAAGCUUUCACAGCUGGAGGAGCUUGAGAUUUCAUAUAGCUGCGUUUCUUCUAAGAAUUCCAUUGAGGCUAUAGGCCAAUCCUGCUCUCAUCUCACUGUUUUGAAAAUUAUCAUGGAAAGGAGGAAGAUAAGAGACGAAUAUGAAUGCAAUGAUGAAGCAUUUGCCAUUGCGAAAAUAAUACCAAAUAUUCGCCAUCUCAACUUCGUGGGAAACCAUUUGAACACUGCUGGCUUGGUGGCUAUUCUUGACAGAUGUCGUCACCUGGAACCGCUUGACAUGAGAGGCUGUUUUGGUAUUCAGUACUUGGGAGGGACAAGGUUGGGGAAAAGAUGCCCUGAGCAGAUCAAAGAACUUCAGGGUCCGGAUAAGCAUCUUGAUCGAUCCUGGUACCUAACUAAAGAAACUUCUGACGAUAAGGAUGAUCCAUGUGCCGACAUUUCUUGGGAUAUGUGUUGUGAUUGUGGACUCAGAGAGUCAAAUGAAGAUGAUGAAGCAUUUGCAGAAAGAAUGACGGUAGAAUAUUAUCGAAUAUUGUAG